UCAAGUUUUUGUAUUUUGGGGUCUCCUUUUUUGUUUAUUUUUCGUGCUUUUAUGAGAUUUUGUUACCCAUACGUUUGCUAGAUUGUGUGAAAUGAUUGAUAGAUAAGUUGUAUCUCCUCAGAAAUCUUUUUCUUGUAGUGUCCUCAAGAUGAGUAAUAAGAGUAUUGAUGCCACACCACACUGGAGGAUAGAAGACGUUAUCUCUGACACCAUUCAUGUCGAGAAUAGGGUGGCAAGAAACAUAGUACGACUCCUAAAUGAAGAUCAAACGGUUCCAUUCAUCGCCAGAUAUCGUAAAGAGCAGACCAACGACAUGGACGUUCAGAAGCUGAGAGAGGUGCAGGCAAUGUAUGAGGAGCUGAGGGAGGUACAAAGUAGAAUUGCAUCAGUCAUGAACUCAAUUGACAAGGUUGGGAAGCUGUCGAAAGAUGUGAGCAAUGCGUUAAAGAAUGCUCAGUCAGCUAGUGUUGUGGAGCACUUGUAUGCGCCUUACAAACCUGGUAGCAAGAGGAGUCUUGCUAAAAGAGCGAGAGAACUAGGCCUUGAGCCACUUGCCUCUGAGUUCAUCAAUCAUGGCCAGGUGGAGAAAGAUAGAAUACAUCAGCUUAUCAAGAAAGACAAUGAAGGUUUGGGUAGCAUUGAUGCCAUCCUGUCUGGAAUUGAGCACAUCAUCGCAGAUAUCAUCUCCAAAGACAAACACACAAUGGAUCACAUUAAAACAAAAUGCCACAGUCCUACUGUCACACUUGUUGUGAAGGAAAAGCCUGCCACAAAGUCGGGGAAAGAACCAAUGAAGAGAAAGACCAAGAGAAAGGUCGAUGAUGUGAAGAGGACAGUCGAUCCAAAUAAGUUUCUGAAUUACUUCAAUUUCAGGGAAUCAUUGCUUAAUGUUAGACCACACCAGGUGAUGGCCAUCAACCGUGGUGAGGACCAUAACAUGUUGACUGUCAAAGUCGACAUUCCAGAUGAAAUCACGACUUGGAUUCUAAAAUUCUGUCAGGAGAAAUGGAUCAGGAGAGAUUCCAACCAGUUAUGUCACGAUGUCCUCCAUAGUGCUGUUGAUAGGGCCUACAAGAAGCUGAUUGAGCCACUGCUCUCCAGGGAGUUCAGGGCUGAACUCACAAAGAAAGCCAGCAAGGUAUCCAUUGAUGUGUUUGCCUCCAACUUGAAGCGACUGUUACUGACACCACCGGUUAGAGGACAUACUGUGUUGGGUGUUGAUCCCGGGUUCAGGCAUGGUUGUAAAAUGGCGGUCACAUCAUCAUUAGGUCAGAUCUUCCAUGCAGACACCUUCAACAUACACGGGGGUCAAAAACAACGGGAUUAUGAAACUAAUAGGCUGAAGGAGUUGGUUCACAGAUAUAGAUGUGAACUGGUUGCCAUUGGGAAUGGAACAGCUUGUCGUGAAACAGAGUCCUACUUUGCUGAUCUCAUUAAGAACGAUGUAUUCCAACCUGUGAAUCUCUCUUACUGUAUUGUCAGUGAGGCUGGUGCUUCCAUCUAUAGUGUGUCUGAUGCCGCUCAAAAGGAAAUGCCUGAUUUGGACCAGAAUCUCAGGGGAGCAGUUUCCAUAGCCAGAAGACUUCAGGAUCCUUUAUCAGAACUGGUGAAGAUUGACCCGAAACAUAUUGGAGUUGGCAUGUACCAGCAUGAUCUUCCAGAGAAGGCGGUAAAGACUUCCCUCGAUCAUGUGGUAGAAGACUGUGUCAGUUUUGUGGGUGUCGACCUCAACUUUACCACACAGCAUUUACUCGGAAGAGUUGCUGGUAUCACAGGUAACAUGGCAAAGAAGAUCUUGGAAUGGAAGGAAAAGAAUGGUGCCUUUUCCAAUCGACAACAGCUGAACAAGAUCAAAGGGCUCGGACCAAAGACUUUCAAGCAGUGCGCUGGAUUCUUAAAAAUCUUACCUGAAUCUUCACAAGGUGCUUUUUCUACUGAAGAUGAACCAGUUGAUGAACCUGUAGUGCCUGGGAAGAAGAGGAAGAAGACCUUUGUCGCAGGGCCGUCUGCUAAGAAACCCAAACUCGAUAACUCUACCAACAAGCUUGAUAUGACCAUCAUACAUCCAGAGUCUUAUGAUGUAACUUACAAAAUCUUGGAGCAGCUCCAUUUAAAGGUGAAUGACAUCGGUAAAGAUAGCUUCCGAGAUCAUGUCAGACGUUCUAUGAGUACAAUGAAUCUUAAGAACUUUGCAGAGGAUCUCCAGAUUGGCAACCCGACAUUGAAACUCAUCCUGGAUGCACUAGAACAGCCUGUUGGCCAUGACAUAAGGGAAGAAUUUGAGAAGCCGUUGUUUAAGAAAGGUUUCACAUCGAUGAGUGCCUUGAAGUUACAAUCAGUGCUGACAGGACGAGUCUGCAACGUGACACACUUUGGAGCAUUUGUGGAUAUUGGUGUCGAACAUGAUGGUUUGAUCCAUUCCAGUGAAAUGAGGAAAGGAAGAGAACUGAAGCUGGGAGAUAAGGUGGAAGUCCGAGUGAUCAGGGUGGAACCAGAGAGAAAGAGGAUUGGACUGAGGUUGGAGCAGGCUGAUCAAAAAUUUGAGAAGUCGUUUGUCAAGAUAGACACCAUAUCAAUGAGUGACCUGCAGCUGCAGUCAGUGGUGACAGGGCGGGUGGUGAGCGUUAAAACAUUCGGUGCAUUUGUUGAUAUCGGUGUCAACCAGGAUGGAUUGAUCCACAUGAGUCAGAUGAGGCAAGGACUUGUCCUGAAACCCCAGGAUAAAGUGCAAGUCCGGGUCAUAAAUGUGGACCAAGAGCAUAGGAAGAUUGGGCUGAGAUUGGAGCAGGUGCUGAAACAUUAAGUCUAUUGUCUUGCUACCACUGCCUCAGGGUUAUCCUGAUAUAACGAGGUUCCUGAGAUAGGAUACGAUGUGUCGUGAAGAAUCUGUAUUUGAUGAAGUACUGCCCUAUGUUGCUUACUAAGUAAUGGGAUGGAGGUUCCUGAGAUAGGAUACGAUGUGUCCUGAAGAAUCUGUAUUUGAUGAAGUACUGCCCUAUGUUGCUUACUAAGUAAUGGGAUGGAGGUUCCUGAGAUAGGAUACGAUGUGUCCUGAAGAAUCUGUAUUUGAUGAAGUACUGCCCUAUGUUGCUUACUAAGUAAUGGGAUGGAGGUUCCUGAGAUAGGAUAACUUUGAAUCAUUCCUGUUUUCUAACAAUGUUGAGUAUUGUAUUUGGUGCUGUAACAUGUUGUUCCUCUUGAAUCGAAGAGUAAUCAUGUAUCUUGCUCACUUUUCCUGUGUUCAACUCAUUUAGUUAUGUUGUGUAAAACUAAAUUCAGCUUGUUGACAAAAUCGUCUCUAGGACCAUUCUCUUUCCCUUGUCUUGCAUGUCCUUGCCAUUGCAUCUUAGUUCUCUUCUACAGUCUCAACAAGAAAUGGUUAUGUUCUCCUGUAUGUUCCACCAUGGUGACACUUGAAAUGGUUAAAGAUAGAAAUAUCCACUGUCAGAAUGUUGUGGUGUUAUUUAGAAAUUAGACCUAAAUGGGAUGUCCAGUUAACAACAAAAUGAAACCACUCAAAGCAGAGAGCUCACUGGUUCAUGUUGUUAUUCAUUCUUAGUUUCCUUUGCAUCCGGUUCCUUGAAGUCAUGUAGUUAGUAAGCUGCACGCAUCUCUUGGAGAUACAGGUAUUUCAUUUCCUAUAAACUUUAACCACUUGGCACUCCAAAUCAUCAUAUUCAUCAGGAUUGGUGGAGCCUUCACAAUCCCAAGGACAGUCCUGAAUAUAUUACAUGCAGUGAAAAUAAGAACUCAUGUGCAGCCACAAGGGCCCAUAACCAUUCUCUGUGGUGGAAAUAUAGAACAAUACAUGUAGGUCACAUGUACUUAUCUUGGUCCUAUCUUGGAUGGGUCUGAUGGCAUUUCGCCAGAAGAAUGAGUUAAAGGGGUUGUUAAAUACAGAUAACUUGUAUUCAGCUUUGAUGAGAUCCUCUAAUGUCAAUGGAUACAAAAGGGUGCAUUCUGUUGCACAAUGUUUGCUGUAGUCACCUCCAUCGACAUCCUGAGAUCAGGCUUUUCAUACUCCUACCUACCUCGUAUACAAAAUAUCCAGAGGCGGAGUAUUUUAAAACCACUGGUUAUGUCAGGAUGCUCUACUGAUGGCCCCAAGGAAGAGGACUGGAGCCAAGGGGAAGCAAAAUGGUACGACCAGGGUGCUAUUAGACUUUUCAUCAAUGUCUUGUCAAGGGCAUGAGGGUGGAUUUCCUCACUAUAAAAAAAUAGCGCAAGAGAUAAUAAUAAUAUAUGCUGUUUUUAGUGAAGUUUUGUUUGGUUGCUUGAGGCACUGGAUUAUGUUUU